AAUCUAUAGAGAAUGGAAGAAAAUUCUCAACAUAAUUCAAAGCAAACUAAGCACGAAGAUACAAAACUAGUUGAGUGUUUGGUGGAACUUGCAACUACUUCUUGAAAGUGUGACAAUGACACGUUCAAAUCUGAUUAUGAAAAACAUUUGAAAAAAAUGCUUCAUGAAAAAGAUCCUGGAUGUGAUCUUAAGGGUGAAAUUGCUUAAGAGACCAUAUUUUGCAAUAGUUGAGAUGAUGAGCACGGCUGGGAGUGGAUUUAAUUGGAACGACAAAGAUAAAAUGAUGGUAGUGAAACGACAAAUUUUCAAUGAAUGGAAAAGUUCACAUCCUAAUGCUAAUGGUUUCUACAAUAAACCAUUUUCACAUUUUGAAGAGUUGAGAAUAAUAUUUGGUAGAGAUAAGGCUCAAGAAGGCAAUGCAGAAAAUGUAACUCAAGCAGUUGCUACUAUAGAGGCUAAGCACGAAGCAAACUUGAAUAAUCGGCAAGUGAAUGAAAACACCCAAGCAAAUUUGGAAGAGACUGAAAUUGAAUAUGAAGCUAAUUCUCAAGUACGUAAGCAAUUGACUCUAGUUCAUGUAGAUAAAUUCACUUAUUGUUGACCCUAUUAUUGUGUACUUCCUUAAAUUUUGGAGUGA